UUUCAGGCAUUAUGCCCAGCAAGACAAAUGGUGCACCAAAUGGAACGGCGGAACGUUCGUUUGUCAACUUCGAUCCGGAUGAUCCAGAGUAUAUCAAGGAAUUGCAAAGGCCAGCAGCGAUUAAGGAAGAUUUAUCGGAGAUGGAAAGGCGAAAACGGGUGCAAGAAGUUUUGGAAUCAAAAAGUUUCUGCAGAGAACUAGAGGAAUUAAUUAAACAAGAGAGUGAAAGUCACAAAAGUGAUCCAGAUCAUCUAAAAACUUUACAACGGCUUUCUGAACUUACCCUUCCUCAUGGCCAAAUUGCGGCGUCCAGUCUUCAUAAUAUUGGAGUUGGAGCUGUGUUACCCAUUGCCGAUCUCAAAGGAAGUGGUAGUUAUACACGGACUGAAAAACUAUUCAGAAAUAAAUUAGCCUCAUUGUAUCGUUUAGUGGAUCUUUUUCAGUGGUCGCAAGGAAUUUACAACCAUAUCACAUUAAAAUUGCCUGAUUCAGACGAGCUAUUAAUUAACCCAUUCGGAUUGUUGUACCAUGAAAUUACCGCCAGUUCACUGAUAAAAAUCAAUAUUAAUGGUGAAAUCAUUGAUCGUGGUUCCACCAAAUUAGGAAUUAAUCAGGCAGGUUAUGUUUUGCACGCAGCAAUUCACAAGGCACGUCCUGACGUGAGAUGCGUACUACACAUGCAUACUGCUGUUGUUUCUGCAAUUUCAUCGAUGAAAUGCGGUCUUCUGCCACUCUCUCAGGAAGCAAUGAUCAUUGGUCCUGUAGGCUAUCAUGACUAUCAGGGUAUAUUGGAUGAUGAGUCUGAAAUGGAAUCAAUCGUCAAGGAUCUUGGCGAUAAAAAUGUAAUGUUAUUGCGAAGUCACGGAUUUGUAGCAUGUGGUGAAUCUGUUGAGGAUGCCCUCCAUCUUGCUUUCAAUACGGUCAUCGCUUGUGAAACUCAGAUCAGAGCUGCAAGGGCUGGUAUUGAAAAUCUCGUUAUUCCUGAUGAAAAGGCCGUUGAAAGAGUGUACAAGACAGCACGAAAAGGCGGGGGUGGUGUCGAUCGCAACGGUGCAAAAGAUGCGGAGGGAAAGCAAAUUAAUUGGAGGAUCGGUGAGCUGGAGUGGGAAGCGUGGAUGCGUGUGCUAGAUAAUGCGGUAUGUAUUCUACUUUGUAUAUCUGGCUCAGAUUUUAAAUUAUGGUAG